AUGCCUCCAAAAAAAGUUGAAAAAACUGCAGCUGCACAAGGAGCUAAAAAUGGACAAAGGGGGGCUAAGACGGGGGCUAAAGAACCUCCUGGAAAAGCCAAAGUAAAAGAAGAUCCUAAGAAGGCAAAAGGAAAAGCAAAGCAAGCUGUUACCAGUGAAUCUGAAGAUGGCUCAGAUGCAGAGUUAUUAAAGGCAGGAGCAAAACAACCAACACCGGCCCCAAAGCGCAAAAGAGGUCUUAAAACUACAUCUAGACUUUUUAUGCGACUAUCAAAGAAAAAAAAAGAUACUCCAAUGAAGGCUUUCCAAAAUCCAUCUAAGUUGCUUGCAGGACUUGGGAAGUCUAAACCUGAAGAUCUGAAGAAUACUUCAAAAUUCAUGUCAGGUUUUCUAACUGGUGGAAAAAAUAAAAUUGAGAAGAAAGAAGGAGAAAAAUCUCUUUUAUUGCUCAAUAUUGGUGGAAAGACAAAAAGCAAUGCAGCUGCAACUUCUGGGCUAGGGAGCAAAUUAAAGGGGUUUAUGGGAAAAAAGACUACGGUACCUUCAAAAUUUAAGAGUAAGGGAUGGGCUAUGGGAAAGCUUUCAGGGGCUACUAAUUGGCUCAUUAGUAAGUUCAUUACAUCAAAAACAUCUCGUGGAAGACAAGGUCGUUCGGUUCGUCAGCGCAGGUCAAAUAUAGAUAGAUAUGAUUAUGAGAAUGAAGGGUAUGAGUAUGAAGAGGCAGAAUAUAGAUAUGGUGAAGAUGAUUAUGACCUAAGAAGCUAUGAAAGAAACAGCCCAUGGGGGAGAUAUUCGGACCAAAAUGAAUAUAGUCAUGGACAAUACAGAAGACCAUAUCACUUUGAUUACCAUGAUGAAGAGUAUUAUUCUUAUCCUGAAGAUGAAUAUGGCUUAUAUGGAGAAGAGAGUGAUUACUAUGACCCCCUUUAUGCAGAUGAAUAUGGCUAUUAUCCUGAAGACUACUUUGACCAGUACAAUGAAAGACAACCAUAUGACUAUUAUGAUUCUGGAAUUGACUACUAUGAUCCUAGACAGCAAAGAAUGGAUGAAUAUGGUUAUUUUGAUAGUGGCAUUGAAUAUUAUAAUGAAGCUGGGUAUCCAGUAGAAGAAGACUAUGACUACUAUGGAAAUGAUGUGGAAUACUACAAUUAUGUUGUUUACCCAGAGCAGUCAGAUUAUUAUGGUGAUCAGCAAAAUCUGUAUGGUAGCCAAGAUUGGCUUCCAGAUGCAUACACAGUGUACACAAGUUACCCAAAUCCAUACAACCAAAACCUGUACAGCUAUAGUGGGGAACCUACAUCAAUUUAUCUAGAUCCUCUUUUAGGAGUAAAUCAGCCAAUCAUUUACCAAAUUGGGGAUUUAAUUGAACAAAAUGACCAAUCGGAACCUUAUGCUAAUAAUAAUGCUCAUCUAGCAAUGGACAGUGUAAUGACUGAAGAUCAGUUUAGGCUUCCAAGACCACAAGUCAAGCUGUUUGGAAAAGAGAAACUUGAAAUUGUAAAUCCACCAUCUCCUCAUAUUGCUCUUAAUGAAGUGAUGUCUGAUAUCCAACAUGAAAACCCUCAAAUAUUUUCUCAGCCUAUGGGGUUUUCACCGCACAUUUCACAGCAAAUGGUAGAAAUUCCCCAGCAACAUUCCACAGCAAAUGUUAUGCUAAGCCAACAAACACCAACAGCAUUUCCUACAGCAACAGGUCGCAGUCCUGUUUUGAUCCAACAAAUACCAACAACAUUUCCUGCAACUGCAGGUGGUAAUCCAAUUUUGGUCCAACAAACACCAACAGCAUUUCAGUCAUUACAUGGUGUGAGUCCUGUCUUGGUCCACUCAAUGCAAGUGCCAUCCUCUCCAAUACUUCAGGCAAGGCUACCUUUUCCUUCUCCUAUGCCAGUAUCACCUACUCCAAGUAGACACUCUUUUGGACCUGUGGGGCACAUGCCACUCUCAACACCAACAUCACCUAUUUUAUCUGCAAGGAGAUUUGACCAAAGCUAUGUUGAUCAAGCAUACAACCCUUUGAUCUACCCAGAUCCUCCCAUGUUUCAGAGACCUGAAUUUCCAUUUGACACUAUGCAACAAGCUCCAGUAAGACAAAGAAGUCCUCGUCUCUCCCCACAGCGUUCUACCAGGCGGGGUAACCUUUUACCUGGUCGAGGUAGCCCUCUGUCUCACCAAAGGUUCGAUUUCCAACCACAGGAAAUAGGUCCAGGAUUUUCACCAAGACCACAAAGAGUAGUUGGUCAAUCAUCAUGGAAUACCAAUAUGCAAAGACCAAUAUCACCUAUGCAAAAAAGAAGGUUCACCCCCCCAACUUCCCCCCAGUUUUCGAGAAGAGUGCCAUCUCCAACAGCUACUUUGAAGGGAAAGUCCCCCGUCCCCCAGAGAAGACCUUUCUCAUCUAGAGGACACUCACCUCAUGUUGUAGAAGGAGGGAGUCCAUUAACCUCCAUGCGAGGCUCAUUAAGGAAAAGCCCCCCCUCAUCCCCAAGAGUUAAUAUACGACAAAGUGUCCAUUCAGGCCCCCCUCCAAGUCCUUUCAGGCCAAUUGGAAAAAGGCAUGACUCGUUUAUAUCAUCAAGAUCAGUUGCUUGUUCAUCACAACCAUCUUUAAGAAAAAUUAGCCCUCCUCUAUCUCCAAAAAUGGAUCAACGAAAUGAACAUUAUCCACCAGUCUCACCUCCUACGCAAAGAACAGGAUCACCAAGACCAAUCUCCAGUUCUGCCAUUGGAUCUCAGCGACCUAUCUCCCCAACACCUUCAAGAUUUUCUGCUAGAAUCCAGCAUGAUACGCAAAGUCUGUCUACCCAUCCAUCCACACGAAGAUUUAGAGGAUUUGGUCGAAAUAAAGUACCAAUGGGCACUGUUAAACCAUCCCCUGUCAAUCCAGUUUUGCAAAGACGAAGCCACCAGGAACAUCCUUUAACACAAAAUGUAACUCCAUUCAGAUCUUCCAUUCAUAAUGGAGCAAUAGGUUCAGGACCAUUGCAUCAAAGUACUUCAUCACCUAUAAUGUUAAAUAGACAAGGUUCUAGACCUACAGCAUUUAGAGACUCAAAACGAUUUUUCCAACCUGGAACUCCAAAUCCCCAGAGAGGUUUUCAUAGGCCUGUUGGGAGAGGUCGUCCUGUUGUAAGAGUACCAAUAAAUCCUGUUCCACUAAGGCAAUCAGUAAGGGGUCCAAGCCAACCUGUUCUAAUGAAUGGUGAGGCACAUUUUCCUCAGCAAUUUACAAUUAAUGGACCAAGAUCUGUACUACAACCACCUCGGAGGCACACAUCAAAUCAGAUAUCAAUGAGGCCAGGUUCACCUCACCUGACAGCAAGACCUGUAUCUCCUCAGCUUUCAGUGAGACCAGGCUCACCCAUUUCCACAAUGAGACCAGGAUCACCCCAUGUCCCACUAAGGCCGUCCUCACCCCAUAUUUCAAUGAGGCCAGGUUCAACUCACCCACAAGUAAGGCCUGGCUCACCAGUGCCUGUGCACUCUCCACCACUUGGGAAUCUUUCCUCUCCUGUAAUAACAAAUCCAUUGCAUAAUCAAGCGAUCAACCAUACUACCCUUAUAGCAACACCUGGUGGUCAUCCUCAAGAGAUAAUAUCAUUUGGCCAGACAAUUGAACAAGGUCCUUCUUUUCUGUUGACAAAUGGAUUACAGAAUCCAAAUCUCUCCAGUGCUUCAUAUAAUUCACCACUUAAAGGUUUCAAUCCUGCACAGUCUCCACUAAUGGCACACAUCAAUCAGAGUGCCAUUCAGUCUUCCUAUAACUCCGUAAUACAGAGAGCUGCAUCUCCUCAUUCAGUCGUGAUACCUCCAAAUGUUCAAGCUACUUAUCAAGGUUCACCAGUGCUGAGUAACGCACUCCAAAAUCCAUACCUUCGCAAUUCCUCAUUCAACACCUCCUUACAAAGAGUUGCAUCCUCGCCUCCAGUGGUCACACAGCAAGGCUCCAUGCAUACUUCCCCAGGUCUGGCAAAUGCGCUGCGAAAUUCGCAACAAAGAUUUUCACCAUCUUUACUUUCCAAUACCUUACAAAACACUGGUUUGCGCAAUGCUUCAUACAUGUCUCCACUACAGAGAAGCCCUACGCCUAUCCUCCAGGCCCAAGGACAUUCUUUCCUUUUAUCGAGUGCAUUAAAAAAUCCAAACCUUCAGGGUGCUUCUUUUCGAUUACCAGAUGGGUCAAUACUAUCUGCAAAUUCAGAAAACCAAAAAGAGGACUCAACACCAUCAGUAUUGGCAAAUGCUUUACAAAACCCAAGUCUCCGUAAAGCAACUUACAAGUUGCCAGAUGGAGCAAUCAAAUCAAGAAACGAGGUAGAACAACCUGCUUCAUCUCCCUCCUUGUUAACUAAUGCCCUCCGGAAUGCCAAUGUCAAAAAAGCUUCCUACAAAAUUCCUGAGUCUAUUUUGUCCCGGAGGUCUGAUCAAGUAAAUGAAACGAAACAAUUUUCACCAUAUCUAGGAAAUGCUCUACAGAAUGCUAAUCUUCGUAAAGCUAAUUAUAAAUUGCCAGUAAAUAUCCUUUCUCGGGACCAGAAGACUGAGCAGUCUCCCUCCUCUCUUCUUUCAAAUGCUCUUCAGAAUGCUAAUCUUCGUACAGCUUCUUACAGGCUCCCUGAUGGAACAAUUUUAAACAAGAGCUCGGGACAGGAUUCAAAACAAAAUAUCUCUUCUCAUCUGUCAAGCGCUUUGCAAAAAACAAAUAUGCGUAAUGUUAAACUCCCAAGUACCUCUGGCCUAUUUGGAAAGCCUCAAAAAAAAGAACAAACUUCAGUGCUGUCCAGCGCACUUCAGAACCAAAAUCUGCGUAAAGCUUCUUACAGACUGCCUGAUGGAACAAUUACUACCAGGGGCAAACCAGCCGAAAGUGCUCAACCUACAUCACCCUUUCUGGGAAAUGCCCUGAAGAAUGUUAAUUUACACAAAACCUCCUAUAGGUUGCCCACAACUUUGAGGAGAUCUCCAGAGGAUCCAAGGUAUGCAGUGGUGACACCUCAGGUUCAGGGUGAACCUGGUGAACAUUGGGCUCAAGCCCACACAAUAGAUGGUCAUGAGCCAGAUGAUGUUUGGUCCUCAGAAAGAAUCCUUCCACACCAUACUGUGCAGAACCUCAUAAAAUGGUCCAUGUACAGGGAUGAAGAACUGGUGGAUUUCGCCAUUCCCACAUAUCCUGGGCAAGAUGCUGGUGUUUCUGAGCCUGAGUGGUUACCAGACAGGGAAGGUGAACCUCAAGGGCACUGGUAUGAUAAGGGCCACAGCACUGGAUAGUUUGGUGUUUCUCUGAAGUUUUCAUUUGUCCAGGACAAGAAAUGAGCAUUGCAUCAUAGUUACUACACCUUUAAUUAAAUUUAGCUGCAGUUCUU